AUACAUCGUCUACAUGUAAACCUUAUGUCAAAGAUAUAAGAUCUACCAAUGGUCAGUUUAAGGUCUGCUGUUAGUAGACUAAUAGAAAGAUAGUGGGGAACUUUCUUCGUAUAAAAAGCCAGAGAUGCGAGAGAGCAUCAUCCAGUAUCGGAGAAAGCUCACACCUUUCUAGUACUAACAAUUAGCUGAGAUCUAGAAUGGCGGCUAAGGUUGUUGUUUUCGUUGCGGCGUUGGUGGCCUGCGGUGCCGUGCCGGUCAUCAUUGAUGACGAAUACGUCCCCGGAGUAGUAAUGCGCAUCGGUCGAUCCCCCAACGUCGCUUUCGGUUUCGGAAGCGGAUUCAGCAGCAACAUCGGCGGCAUCAGCCACUCCACUGGCAUGGGCACCUCCUUCCAGAGUGGCGAUGCUCAAGCCUACGGCGCCGGCUUGGGCAGCACAGACAAUGGGAAUUAUGCUAGCGGCGUUGGAAUGGCCAGCGCUGGACCAUCCUACCCAGUCUACCAACAACAACCAGCCUACGGAGGACUUCGUAACAACUUCGGCUCUGCUGUCUCCUCAGCCCAAAACUACAACGGCCAUAAUUCCGCCGUGUCCUCCGCUCAAACUCAAAAUGGACUCCAAUACGGAGCAGCGACUUCAGCCGCCCAGAACAACCCUCGUUACCAAUCCGCUGUGGCGUCCGCUCAAAACGUGAGGGGCUUAGGUUAUAACAACGAUUUCGGUUCAACAGUGGCCGCUUCUGAGAAUUCUGGAAACUACGGUUCUGCUAUGUCUGCGGCUCAAAAUCAUGGAUUGGGACACUUUGGGUCUGCUGUUUCGGCUGCUCAAAAUAAUGGAAACUACAGAGCUAGCACUGCCCAAGCUGUGCAGCAUCAUGGAGGUGCUGUCCAACACAGUGGAGCCUCCAGCGUCAAUGCGCCAGGACUACAAGCUGCACAAUCUCAUGCCGUUAACAGCGGCUUCUACUAAUUAUAAGAAAAUCGUGAAAAGACAUUGAGACGACUUGUUAAACUUGUCUCAGUGUCUUUUGAAUUAUUGUGUGAUGAAUCUCAAUAAAAGUUUAGUUCUUAAAUACAACAGUUUUUAUUGUUCAACCAAUUUCACCUUGAUAUUUCUAUCUAAAGUCAUAUAAAUGAAUUAGCUGGACAUAAUAAUUCAUACCUUUUUAGAUAUUUUAACAAACAUCAUCAAAUAAAUUAGCUCAAACUUCGUUGCACACAUUAAAUGUGAAAACUAUUUAGGUACCUCGUUGUUUGGUCUUAGCGUUGUCAAAACUAACUCCAUUAAUUUUACCAUAAACAUGUCCAUUAUCAUUAACAGCUGUAACUGUCUUCACUUCCCCAUUUCCAAAAUAAUCAUGACUUUCGACGCCUCUCAACCAGGGCCCAAAGUUCAAACCCUCAAAAUUUAAAGGGAAAUUGAAAAAUGGAAGUAAAAACGGAUUGAAGGACGGAAAACCUCUUCCGGUUGUUGUAUGGGUUCCAGCCAAAGCAGUACUAAAGGUUUUUUGAAACAAAUCUGAAGGGUUUGUAUUAAUUAUUUCGGAAUUCUCUCCCUGGCUAGGAAAGUUGAAUUUUAAAUACUUUUCGACAUUUGGAUCAGAUGAUGAUAUGGCGAUGACUGUAUCUCCUGAUGGUGACGAUUCUGGAACAAACAAUAAUUAUAACUAACUAACUAUGAUAAGAUAUUCUGCAAGCUAAAUAUAGUACGAACGGCCGACUUUAGGGUGACUAGUUAGGUGAAUAUUAAUAGAUGUAUAUUUCUAAAGUUACGCACGAAAAUUUACUAGGAAAAAAGAAAUUUAGAAUCCAGCUUUGAAUAUUUUUUCAUAUGCAUUAGUCAUCCAAAUGCUCAGCAAUUUCUACACUUGACGCUUGAACACGUUAUAACAAAAAUAACAGGCCCAGAUAAUAUACCUAUCAAUUGUACAAUAUAUUGUAUUAGUAUUAAUAAAGUUUACGAAUAGUCAAUUAAGAGGAAAGUGGACGAUCACUUCUCCAAACAAACGUAUUGUCAUUUUUCUCCGUGGAUAUUGACCUUAUGGAAAAUAGUUAUACACAAAUUGAUGUAUUUUAAAUACAGCUAUUCACGCUCGUUUGAAAUUUUAGAUUUUUAAUUAUUAUAAGAGUUAGGAGCGAACACCGAAUUCCAUACAAAUUUUAAAAGCACUACCAUUUUAACUCAUACGUAUUAAUUUAAAAACCCAAAAAAAUCUAAGCGGGCAUAAAACUCGUAUAGCAUAAAGCAAAUUGUGUCAAAAUAUUUUUAAUAAGUUUAAAAUAAUCCAAUGUAACCCAUUUCUCAUAAACAACAAACAUUAUGACUGUGAUUAUGAUUAUGAUUAUAAUGAUAGGUAUCCAAAGAAUAAAAUGGGGACUACCCUUUGUUUGUAUAAAAAGGCGGUUUCGGGGCGGUCGUCCACUUUUGUCUUAAUAGGGUGGUCUAUGGUACAUACAUAGACUGUAAAAAUGUUAUCCAUUCCUUUCCGCUUUAGCGGAGGUACACAACUCGAAAAAAACAUACCUUUGAGAACAAUAGGAAGCCCCGUCACAACAGAAAAACUGGCAAUAGUCAAUAACAAUUUAAAUCCAGACAUCAUGACUCAAAUGUUGUAUCCUCCUUAGCACGUACUAUUAUGAAAUCAUAAUUUAUUUCACCUUCUUUUAUAUAGGCCUUAUAACGCUACCUAUAUAAUGUCCGUCAUUACUUAAUUAUUGUGUUGAGAAAGGCAAUGAACCCUGAAAACACAUCCCCAUAAAACAUUUGAUACUACUAAACUAUAGACAAGUAAAUCAAAUUACAGCCUAAAUUCAAUCUUAAGGCCGAACCACAUAAAUGCGAAAAUGGCUUGUCGGUAUUAAGGUAUUAUAGAUCAUGUCAUUCACAACGACGCAUGCCUUGACUCGUAAUAUCAUGUUAUUAAAGGUUAGAUUUGAUAAACCUGCGCGUCACGGUGACGCGAACUAUAACUGCGAUAAAAAAAAAACAUAGUCCUGCUAUCACUGUAAUUAUACUAAUUGUGAAUUGUCUGAACGUAGGCGCAUAACUGUGAAGAGCAAUAAAAACACUGCGAUUAGACAGCUGAAGUUGAAAUCGUGAAUCUGUGGUCAUGUUGCGUACAGAGGGCAACGACCUAGUAAGAACAUAUACUCCGAGAAAGUAAUGGUACGAGACGAGGAUCAAAAUCAAAACCACUUCCUUUGAUUUGGAAGCUGUACGACUUAACCGCACACCUAUAGGAGCUCUAAGAGCAAAAUAUGAGCAAAGCAACACAGGCGUCGGAACGAGAACGAGUACACGAUGAGAGCAUCAGGGUCACAUUCACAGAGCAACAUAAAAAAUUAACAACCCGGUACAUUUGUAUAGUAGGUAAUAUAUCAUUUUGGAUUCUCUUAAGUUUUCGUAUGUUUCAUGUUGAGCAAUUCGAAUGUAGCAGAUGCUUUUGAACGCGAACGGUAGGCACACGGCACACUAGGUUGCAUUUACAAAAUUUUCAAAAUAUUAGUACCGAUUUUGAAAAAUUCAACCCCUCAGGAGGUUAAAAAGGGGUUGAACGUUUGAAUAGCGUUCAACUUUCAUUUCAAGCUAUGAACUUGAAACUUCGUGAAAAGGUAUAAUAUUAAAAUAGAAGAAAAGUUAUUUGAGCGGUUUUGGAAAUUCAUCCCUUAAGGAGGGGCUAAAAAGGAGAUGAAAGUUUGUAUGGGGAAUAAGUUUUAUAUUAAUUUAUGAACUUGAAACUUCGUUAUAAGAUAUUUUCAUGAAAUAGGAGAAAAGUAAUUUCAGCAAUUUUGAAAAUUCAUCUCCUAAUAGGGUUAAAAAGGGGCUGAAAGUUUGUUUGUAAGAUUUGAGUUGGGACUUGAAAUUAAAGAGAAAAUAUUAGAUAGUACGAAAAAUCAUUUAAUGCUUUUGAAAAUACAGCCCCUAACCUAAUAUUGUUAAAAAGGGGUUGAAAGUGUGUUUUAGAAAAUAAAUAUAUGCGGAAGAAGUCGUGGACAACAGCUAGUAUAGUAUAAUGUCUUAUAAUAUUUAUGUAUUAUUUAUUUAUUUAUUAUUUAGAUAUAUCUCUUUUUGGCCAAGUAUUUCAAGGUGGCAGAUAAUUUUCGCGCAGUUUCAUUCGUUACUUUUGCACACCUACCUUUCCACACUCGGGUCUCGACUCUCUCGAUUUGACAGCCACAGACAACCAUAUUAAACUCUGUAUUUAGAUAUUACCAACCUACCAACACAGACUAUGCAAGUGGCCGACUUUUACCAUACUAUCUUUCAUCUUCAAGUACAGUUACCUCAAUUUAUUGAUCUUCACACCAAUCAAUAAUCCAAAUAAUUACUUUAAACAAUUGCUAGUAUUAGGAAAGCUAUUAUGGUUUUUACAAACACUCUUAUAUUGCUUAAUGUUUCACGUCCAAAAUAUAAUGACGGAGAAAUUAUAGACAUCACACGGUUGAAUAGGAAAUUGAUCUGCCAACGCGUUCCAUCAAUAUUGAUUAAGAACCGUUUUAAAUGUUAUUAAAGAAAAUUUGUAAUUUUAUCUAGGUAAAUAUAAAUUGGGGAUGCUGAGAGUUGAUUGCAUUUCAAUGUGGUUUGUCAAGAUGGCGAGACAUGCGUUCUUUGUCAAUAUGGUUGCAUUUGUGUUCGUCACAGCUGGUGCAGGUAUGUUGAUAGAAGAUAUUGUGCAUAAGCAUAACGUAGUAGCACCAGUGACUGACAGGAAUCGAAUCACCGACACUUGUGUUUUAUCCAAGAAAAUAUGAGUAAAAAGCCGAUUUUUAAGGGGCUGGCUCCCCGCGGUUUUCAUCGAUUUUGGACAAGUUUUGAGUCGUUACUCCUAUAUUUGCACUAUAGAUAGAAUUAUAAGACCAUCGGUUCUUCAACUUUUUAUCUCCAAUGGUCGGCCGGAUUUUGAAAGAAAUGAACACUUAUUUUUUAAAUAUUUUUAAACAUUGUCUAAACACUUUUAUCAUUACUCGAAAGCUGUGAAAGAUUUUACAUGUAUGAAAUCUACAUAUUUGGGUUCGUUUUCGACGUCUCUUAAAACUGGUCAGAGAUUUAAUUUUAAACUAAUUAACACAAAGGUUAUGGCGUGUUUUGGCUUAAAAUUGUUUAACUUUCAUACCAAAUAUCUCGAAGACAGUGAACUUUGAUGUAAAUUUGGGAUACUAUAUUGCGUAAAGCCGUUGCUGUUAAUAUGAUAAGCUAUAAAAAACAUAGGGAAGGCUAAGAAAACUAAGGGAUUCAGAUUGAAGUCCAUUGGCGCUAAGGAGCCCCUUGAUGUGGCAACACUGUGCACCUGCAGUAGUAAUACCCUGUGAAUCCACUACACUGUAACUACCACACACACAGUACUGUAGAUACAGUGUACUCGAUUCACAUGGUACAGUGCGUGGGAGAUCGGUCUUCUACCCUUUUUUAGGGUUCCGUAGUCAACUAGGAACCCUUAUAGUUUCGCCAUGUCCGUCUGUCUGUCUGUCUGUCUGUCUGUCUGUCUGUCUGUCUGUCUGUCCGAGGCUUUGCUCCGUGGUCGUUAGUGCUAGAAAGCUGAAAUUCGGCAUGGAUAUAUAAAUCAAUAAAGCCGACAAAGUCGUACUAUAAAAUCUAAAAAAUUAAUUUUUUUGAGGGUACCUCCCCUACACGUAAAGAGGGGGUGAAUUUUUUUUUUUGCUUCAACCCUACAGUGUGGGUAUCGUUGGAAAGGUCUUUCAAAACUAAUAGGGGUCUUCAACAAACAUUUUUUGAUAAAGUGAAUAUAUUCGGAGAUAAUCGCUCCGAAAGAAAAAAAAAAUGUGUCCCCCCCCUCUAACUUUUGAACCAUAGGUCCAAAAAUUAUGAAAAAAAUCGUGGAAGUAGAGCUUAAGAAAGACAUUAAAUGAAAACUAUAGCGGACAUGAUCAGUUUAGCUGUUUUUGAGUUCUCGCAAAAAGUUUCCUCUUCAUAGUAAAAAUACUUACUUUACCUAAUUAGGUACGGAUUAUGCAAAUUUUCCUAUUUGUUUAACUCGGGUGAAAGGUACCGUUUCAUCCCUUGGUUAACAAUUUACUAUACUUUAAGCUCCAGUUUAGCUUAUUGUGACGGAAGAGUAACUACGGAACCCUACACUGAGCGUGGCCCGACAUGCUCUUGCCCGGUUUUUUAAAUAAUAUAAACGCUGAACCUCCCCCUUCACCUGCAUCAAAAAUCUGGGUGGCUUCACUUCUAUUUAGAAGUGAAGCCACCUUGGGAACAUCUCGGGAACACAAAUAUUAAUUCUCUCAAAUGAAAACUUUUGUUCAGAGAAUGCCGUUAUUGAUCUUUUUAUAUUAUGUGCAAUCACAACUACAAGAGAUUGGGGUCCGAGCCGAGAAGUUCACCUCUUCGGUUCUUUACCGUCAGAUAUUUUGGCUGAUAAGAUAUUCAAAA